UGUACAGAUGCUUGUAGGACAGAUGCUUGUACAGAUGGGCUGCAUUCAGAGAAUGUAGCAGACGGGCAGAUCUCAUGGGGCCUGUGCUUGCUACAUCAUUGUGGGGUGUUUCUGGCUGUGCCAAAUUUGUUGCAGAGUCAGACGAACUUAACCAGGAAAUCAUGGAUACUGCCGUAGAACAACCAGUUCAGGAGCAGCCAUCUUCAACAACGCCAUCUGUUGAGACUGAGAUCGAGCAAAGGGAGUUAACUCCAGUGGUGUCAGACAAGGAAGAAGUAGCUGUUCCAGACAGCACAUCAGAGACCAAAGUAGAAGAAGAUGUGGAUACUAAUGGAGAUAUCAGCGACGAUGGACUGAACGGAGACAUGGAAGACCUUUCGCUUAACAGAGAAUCAGAAUCUCCAGAAACCACCCCAGCAGUCGUUGACUCCACACAAGAUACAAAGGCAGACAAGUCCAAGUCGCAGAACAGCAAGGUUUCCUCGACAACGGUUGCCAAGGGUGACAGUAAGUCUGACUCCUCCUCCUCCAAACCAUCUGGCAAAAGCAAGAAGAAAGAGGACAAGAGUAUAGAACAUAUCCUGCGAGCUCUCAACAGCCUACACACAACAGAGGAAAAAUUGGCAGCGCUGUGUAAAAAAUAUGCUGAUCUACACGAAGAGCAUCGAGUCUUGCAGGCAUCCUUCAAACAGGCGCAGAGGAAGAUGGUUGUGACUGUUCGAGAGAAGGACCAACUUCAAUCGGAACAUACCAAGGCUGUGAUGGCUAAGUCCAAGCUGGAGAGUUUGUGUCGUGAGCUUCAGAAGCACAAUCGGGUCAUCAAGGAGGAGAGUCUGGCUCGGGCUAGAGAAGAGGAUGAAAAGAGAAAGGAAAUCUCAAAUAAAUUUCAGCAAACAAUUGGUGAGAUUCAGAGUCAGAUGACUGACAACCACGAACGCAACAUCAAACUCCGGGAAGACAAUACUGAACUAGCAGGGAAACUGAAGAAAUUUGUAGAGCAAUACGAACUACGAGAACAGCAAGUGGAGAAGAUCGUGCAGCACCGAGAACUAGAGAAGCAGCUUGGGGAGGCCAAGCUGGCACAGGCCAACGCCAUGUUGAAGGAGCAGGAGGAGAGGUCCACAAAGGAGAGGGAGUUUCUCCUGCUACAGACAGCAGAGGCCCAGAAGAAGGCACAGGUUCUUGAAACACAGUUGACGAUGUACAAGGAGAGGUAUGAGGAGUUUCAGAGCACAAUCAACAGAAGUAAUGAAAUGUUCCAGAAAUUCAAGACAGAGAUGGACAAAAUGGGUAAGCGCAUCAGGAAACUGGAGAAAGAAGGUGCUCAAUGGAAAGCCAAGUGGGAAAGCAGUAACAGGGCACUGAUAGGCAUGGCAGAGGAGAAAACUAAAUACGACAAGGAGAAGGGUGUGUUAUUAACAAAAGUAAGCAAGCUGGAAUCAUUAUGCCGAGAGUUGCAGAGUGAGCUUCAUGGGAAGAAAUCCACAUCAUCACCCGCAGAUGUAGACCUGCAACAAGCAAAUGAUGAUAAGGGAGAGCCCACAGCGACCCCGCCAACACGCCUGAAACUACAUCCAGAAACAGUCCUGUUAAAGAUGAAGAGGCACCUUCAGACUCAGGGGAGGCAACUCCGCCAGUCCCACCUCCAUCCAGCUCCACAGCCGAACAACUGUCCACAGCGUCCAAACCAUCAGAACAAAAUCCCCCAGAAGUGAAAACAGCACCGGAGGCAGGAAGUCCUUCAAACAAGGAAGCAGUUUCAGAGAUUACUUCAAGUGAGAAGGCAGUCACCAUGGUUACAGAAAAUGCUUUAAAUAAAGAAGAAGUUUCAGAAAAUGCUUCUGAAUCAGUUACACAAGAUGCUUCAAAACAGGAGGUGAUUACAGAAGAUGCUUCAAAACAAGAAGCUGUUUCAGAAGAUGCUUCAAAACAAGCAGCUGUAUCAGGAAACACAGUUGAGGAAUAUGACAUCACUCCGGUGGAUUAAUGCUUCUAGAAUUGUGUUAUUUUGCAAUUACCUUCUCAGUAGCUGAUGCCUUGGAUGUACAUAGCUGUCCUGUGAGUCCUGAUUCUAUUUAUGAGAAUUUCAUUUCUUCCUUACGUUAGGCCUGUCUGGCUCCAUUUCAACCCUUUAUUUAUCAUGGCCUUGUUCAGGUCAAAGUUGAAAUAGUAUUGUGGUUCCUGAAUAUAUUUGUUCCAAACAAGAUUAUGCAAUGAAAAUAUUUAACCAUCAAACUAUCUCCUGCUGCAGUGGGCAUUAAUGGUAUGUCCAAACAAGUUUGAAUCUGUUAUAAACAGUGAAUCAGUAUGGAAAAAGUAUUUACCGCCUGAUCAUUAUGAAUAAAUUGGAACCACAAGAUGUAUUUUGUAUAUGGCCAAAUCAUAUCUUUGAAUAAAUUAACUGUUUUAUGUAGGGUUAAUUUUUACAUGUUCUCAGUAGCAGGAACUGACAAUACUGUACAUACUUUUUCAACCUGAACUGUGUGAAUACUGUUCUUAUAAUGUAACAAAGAUGUAACAGUGUGAUACCAAAUACCAUUAUGUAAGAAAAUACUGUUUUGGUUAUGUUCAUUGCCCAUUCUUAUAUUGAUCCGUGAAAUGUGUCACAUGAAACUGUUUCAUAUGCAUUGUACAAAUUUGCAUGAUGCUAGUUGAGUUUGGAGGAAAGUAUUUGUUACCAUGGUUACUCGCGUGAUAAUGGUUCCUCUGUGAUUUUGAGGGUGUUUGAUUUUCUUCUAUAACACCAAUCCGAAUUUUUUAUAUUCUUGCUAUAAUCCCUUUCUUAAAGGUCAUAUUACUGCAUUUCACGAGUUCUCGAUAAUUUCAUUUUGAAGCAACUGCCCAUUCUUCAUUGUCGGAUGGGGGUGGUGGGGUAGCCUAGUGGUUAAAGCGUUUGCCAAAUACCCGGGUUUGAUUCCCCACAUGGAUACAAUGUGUGAUGCCCAGUUCUGGUGUCCCCUGCCGUGAUAUUGCUGGAAUAUUGCUAAAAGCGGCAUAAAACCAAACUAACUCACUCACUCAUUGUUGGAUGCUGUAUGUCAUCUUAGUAAAGCUCAAAACAUUUGAUACUAUAUUUAUUGUGUGCGUUAAUGGAUAUAUACAUUGGAUGUAGAGAGCUCUUAACUCAAGAAUUUACACUCAUUCUACUUGAAGUAAUUAUGUUGUCAAGAGUUUGGAAUAAGUGUUCAUCACUGUCUAACAUUCAAGUGUUCUCCAGCAGCAAGACAUUUUAAAUGGGAUGUACCCUAAUGUAUGCGCCUCAUGGGUGGUGGUCGGAUAAAAGGGAGGUAAUCACGAUCUUGUGAUGGCAAGUAAGACAGCGCCCAUAACCCUUUCAUAUGCAUUAGAUGUUACACCAACCCAUCCUAUCAUGCUUUUCCUCAUUGAUAACCAGUUACUUACUUUUAUAUGAGAAAAUAUGGCUGAUCUAUGGUCACUUGGUGCUACAGAAGAAUGUCCUGUACAAAGAAUGCUUAGUUAGAAAUGAAUGGUGGACAGUGCCUACAUCUCAGCAGGGCUUGUAUUCGAUCUCCAUGCAGGGAUUGUAUUCAAUCUCCAUGCAGGGUUAAGAGUAACACUGUGAGGAGUUUGUAUUACAUCCUAAUUAUUAAGGUGUGUUUGAUAUUACAGUGGUUGUGACAGCAGCGAUACUGUUUUUGGCAUAUAUUAUAUUUAUGUAUAUUACACUUCAUAUUCUGUUGGAAGGUUUUAAGAUUAAAAACAAUUACCUAAUUGAGUGCUUGGUAGUGAAAGCUCUUCUAUUAACUUUUGUAUAUUUGAUUGUUAGCCUGUAGAUUAUUUCCUUUCUCUUGCCAAACUUUGAUCUAUCUGAUAACUGAUAAAAAAAAAUGCAGCCCAGUGUUGAACGUGAUUGCUCUUUCAGCCUCAAUACCUAGGUUUGGACCGCAAACAUAGAAUUUAUUUCACAAGGCAUAUGCAUUCUUAAACUGUGUUAAAAUGUUUUUUACUUAAAUAAAUUUUGUCACUUGCAAACAACAUGAUCAAAAGACACACCAUGUUUAUUUGUGAAUUCACAGCUAUGUUCAUGUUGAAGACACCACAUUAUGAUCAAAACCUUUUUAAUUGAAUGUUGAAUAAAUUGUGGUAGUCUAAACUACACCACUUUGUGCUGUACAGAGUUGCACUCCUUGUCCUAUAAGGAUUUGCUGCUCUUCCCAUUCUGGUGUCCCUAUUGUGAUAUUGCUGGAAUAUUGCUAAAAGGGGCAUAAAAGUAAAUUCACUUAUUCACUCCUGUAGUAGAGAGGAAGCAGAGAUAUGGCUGAAAACUGUUCAAGGAGCAUAAAACCCAACCCACUCUCUCCCUUGCUUUUGUACAUUGUUGACGCUGUUGAGGGAGACCAGGACUGUAUGGUGUGAGAUGGUGCGGUUCUUCCUCUUCUGUAGUUAGAGGUGUGUCCAGGCUUAUGUAGAGAUGCAAGUUGGUUUCAUUUUGGUGUGUAAAUUUGAAUGAAGACAGACAGGGACUGUCUGUAUGACAUGAAUAAAGGAGUACACCAUGA